AUAUGCAGGCCUGAACAUCCUGGCAAGCAGUCAAGCUGAAGACAUCAACACACUGGAUUCGCAGACUACUGUAUCAUGGCGAGGAUUAUCAUCAACCUCACAGCUCUACUGUGCUUUAUUGGGUUACUUCACCACGCAAAAGGUGCCAACUGUUUUGAGAAGGUAGCCGAUAUAGUUUUUCUACUGGACUCGUCUAGUAGCAUAAGGCAGGAGCAAUUUCAGGACCAACUUAACUUUGUACAAAAUGUAGCAGACAACUUUAAGAUUGGCAGCAACAACAUUCAGGUCGGAGCAAUAACAUUUAGCGAUGAGACAAAACUGAAUUUCCAACUGAACACACACCAAACCAAACCGGAACUGAAGAGUGCCAUCGCGAGGAUACCGUACGUUGGAGGAGGAACAAAUACAGCGAAAGCAAUAGCUUACGCCCAAGAAAAAAUGUUUACACCGGAAAACGGUGGUCGCGCAUGGGCAGCAAAAAUUUUGGUGUUAAUCACAGACGGAUUUUUGAAUAGAGAGCAUUAUGUUGCUGCACAUCAAGAGGCUUACUUUGCUAAAUUUGAUAACGUAACUAUAAUGGCUAUUGGUGUGGGAAGUGGUGUCCAGGAUAAGGAUUUGGAGGGGCUGGCCAGUACCCCUAAGGAGAAGUAUGUGUUCCGUGUGAACGACUACCAGGCUCUUAAUACUCUCAGGAACGAGUUAUCCAUUAAAACGUGUCAAGUCCCUCCACAGCAAGACCAAUCCUCAGAAGAAAAUUUGGAGCCCGAAAAACAACCUAGGAAAUUCUGCGGAGGUAAGCCAGCUGACUUGUACUUCCUGUUGGAUUCCUCCAACAGUAUACAUAUAACUGACUUUGAUCGACAGCUGAGAUUCGUCAGUGACGUCAUAGAUAUCUUUGAUAUCUCUAAGUCCCAUACAAGGGUUGGGGUUACUCUAUACAGUGACGGCAUACACCCUGUCAUCCCAAUCAACAACGAUUUCGAUAAAGACGACCUGAAAUAUCGCGUCAGCAAGUUACAACGCUUGACUGGAAAUACCAAUACCGCUGCAGUCCUCAAAUAUAUUAGAGAAUAUGGUUUCCGGGACGACAUUGCGAGACCGGAUGUGGCUCAUAUUGUUGUACUGUUGACCGAUGGGAAGUCCACUAACACCCUUCAGACAGAAAUGGAAGCGAAUUUAGCACAUAAGGCAGGGAUAUAUGUAUUUGCCGUUGGAAUCGGGAACAUGGCGUCUAUUCCGGAAUUGAUGGCUAUCGCAAGUGACCCUGACGAGAGCUUCUUAUUCAAAGUCACCAAUUACAAUGCCCUCCGACAUCUGAGAAACAUACUUGCCAUCAAAGCAUGUACAGUUGAAGCUACACCUAAUGAUGAAUCAGUCCAGAAUGAUUUUGCAUGUGGAAUUUAUAGUCCACGAGACACCAUGUUCGUAUUUGAUGGUGUUACCCUCGGUUUGGAAAAGUCAACCAUCCUCCGGAAGGCCAUUGGUAAAAUUGCCAAGAAUAUGGGUCUGGAGAGUCGACAUGACCAGAGGGUUGGAGUGAUGUCCGAGGCAUAUGGGCAUAACACUGACGCAAGGUUGUCAGAAAUCCGCGAUCAAGCAUCGUUUGAGGAAAGAUUGGGCAGUGCCAAAGGAGGGAAACUUAGAAGUCUACUUAGGAAAUUACGCCAUCACGCCUUUCUGCCAAACAAUGGUGGUCGGUCAAGUGCAGAGCACGUGGCUGUCCUAUUCCUGGACGAAAGAACAGAAAUCACACCGCGAGUCAUUCACGAAGCGAGGAGAACAAUGUUUAAAAUCAAAUUGUACGUAAUUGUUGUCGGCAGUGAAGGGUCGAUACCAGGAGCGAAUCGGAUAUGUAGUUCUCCAGCCGAUGAACACUUGAUGUACGUGCCCACAUAUGACGAUAUAUCUUUAUCAACGGUAUCUAUCGCCCAACAGCUAUGUGACGCAUGAAGUGUGGACUGCUUGUCUUAUUGGUGCUAAUACAUUGCAGUUUUUCAUAUCCGUGCGAUAUAAUAUCUCAUAUUACAGUCUUUGAAUGAUUCAUAUCGCAGUCACUUCAUUUCCACGCGCCAUUGUCAGAUAAGCUGAUGACGUGACGUUCAUUUUCAAUGAAAGACGACGGCGUUUCCGUUUCGUCGACCAUAUAUCAGUUUGCUUUCAUCUCAUAAAAUGCAAGAAGCUUGUGUGAAAUAACAGCAUUAACACAUGAGUCCGCAGGGCUUCAUGGAUUGAGUCACGGAUUUAUUUAAUAUAUGAAUAAUUUUUUGACAAAAUAUCACAGCUCGCAAACAUACCUGAUAGCAGUAUUAUUAAACACUGAAUGUUUGAACAUUCCAAUCCGUUUGGAUUCAGUCUGUGAUAUUUUGUAUGCUGAUCAUUUGUUAAUUUAUUAUAUAUGAAUCUCAUUGUGAGUUAGUAUGGAUGUGUGUAAUAGAUGGUUGGUGUCUCAACAUAUAUAUAUCUUUGUCUUGCGUUGGGAAUUCUCCAUUAUGAGUGUCACAUAUAAUGUGUUUAUGUAUCUACAGUUCAAGCUCUCAUUGUCCUCACUAAACACAACGCUGAAUUCAUCAUAUCGUCUCAAAGACGACCGCCGUAUAUAUUAGUCAGUAACCUUAGGAGUAUAAUGGAAGUUUAACUUACCUGGUUACGUAGUGCAUUUAUUCUGCGAUGUGUUGAGCUUCCACGAGUCAUUAUCAUUAAUUCGGAGAUAACGGGUUGCUUAUUGCUUACUUUGUUCUAGCCUAAUGAUGUUAAAUUCCAUAUAUAUACUGUAUAUAUCAAUAUCAAUAUGUUUGAAAUGAUUAUAUAUUUAAAACGUGUGCAAGGAAAUGGUUGUGUAAAAGUAUUCUAAAUGCGUUUACGUUACCGAAAAAUUGAAAUCCGUUCUAAAAGGAUGGUAGCUUUUAUAGAAAAUUAAGUAUCUGGUGUUGUGAAAUCCACUUUUUUUUUUUAUACUUCUCUACAAAUGUUUAAGAUUUUCCCUAUUUUAAUGUAUGCUGUAAUUUAAAUGUUGUUGCACGUACACUGUAUAUACAACAGCUUCGAUUUUGUGUUAGUUGAAGAAAUAAAAAAAUGUGAAUUUUUA